ACGCUGCGUACAUGCUUUGGACCCUUUGGUAGAUCGGCACCAGCGACGGUCCUGAUACCAAUUCGACAUAGUCGUCGUGAAAACAAUCACUCUUGCCGAAUCGCCACGUCGUCGAGAAACUUCGCCAUACCCUUCUCUCCCCUCGGCCUACCAUAUCCGCUCGAUAUUGCCGACAUGACUCUGUAUCGCAAGGUGUGGUGGUGCGCAGACUGCACCUUGGGCUUCUACGAUGAGGAUGAUCUCUACGACCACUGCGAGUGGGAGGAUCACUGUCCUGGCACUGCUGGUUUUGGGUGCUACGUCUGCUCCUCAGCCUUCCGCAAGGAAUCAAAGCUCUUAGAACAUGCGAGGAUCAAGGGUCACUCUCGCUACGAGUGUGAUGAUUGUGGACGCCUUUUCGUCACCGAAGAUGCCCGCACCAAGCACGAAGUUGAGGCUCACUUCUUCUGCCGAGAGUGUGAUCGCUUCUUCCAAAGCAUUAACAAUAUCAAGCAGCACCUCAACUCCCGCACCCACCGUGGCCAAGAAAUCAAGUGCCCCUUCUGCCCCAACAGCUACACCACCGCCACGGGUAUGACACACCACCUGGAGAGCGGCAGUUGCCGAAACGCCCCGUCUUUGAACCGCGACUCCAUCUACCAGUUCGUCCGGUCCAAGGAUCCCAGUGGGCUCAUCUCCAAGAAGCUCAUCGGCUGGGAGGGUACCUCCCAAAACACGUACGCUUGCACCGAUCGGGCUUGGAACGGGUACCGGUGGGAGUGUUACUUGUGCCAUAAGGGGUUUAACACUAGCCAUGGUUUGAAUCAGCAUCUGAAUUCGCCUGCUCAUCAACAAAACCUCUACCAUUGCCCCAACCGUUCAUGUCGCCAGGACUUUAAGACGUUGGCUGCUAUCAUCAACCACCUUGAGAGCGAAAAGUGCGGCGCCAUGCGGUUUGAGCAGGUGCAGAAAAAUAUCCACGGCAUGGUCAAUGGUAACCGGCUGAUUGGUUACUGAGUCUCUGGGCCGUUGGCUACUGGAGCCGACUGCUGAGCAGUGGGCUGGCUACGGCUUUGGAGAAGGGGAAGGCGUGAUGUGCUUGAGGAGCGAUGGAGCCUCAAAGGGGAGAAAAGAAGAAGAAAAAGAAGACAAAGAAAUAAACCGGGCAAGGAGUUUAUACCCGCUGGAGAGGGGGACAAAGGAUAUUUGGCAACAACAUCACAUGAAAAUGACGAGACGCUCAAACAGCAUGACCAUACUUCCGCAUUUACCUACGGUACUCCCAUCGGACAACCCAGGACAUUAAAUCGCAAAUCGCAUUGCAGGAAUUUUAUGUCAACUUUUUGUUG